AUGAGGAUCGCCUUCUGUUCGACGGACAGCAGUAACGAGCGCGUGUGCGCGUUCAACGCUCGCAGCGUGGAGAACGACGCCAUCGAGUGCCACGCCUUCCUCUGCAGCAAGAAGAAGAUCGCGAAGGCGAUCACCCUCACGAUCGCGCAGGCGUUCAAGGUCGCGCACGAGCACCACGUUCUGCGCCAGGGGGCGCCGCCGGCGACCGCGACGGGCGGCUCGACGAACGCGCGCUCGCUUCCCAUGUCGACGCCGAGCGGCGUCGGCACGCACGAGAGUCCGGCGAGCGCGGGCAACUCUCCUCCGUCGAAGCUGUCGCGAGUCUCGAGCACGUCCGAGAUCCACGGCAACCGCAAGUGGGUCAACUUCGACGAGGAGCAGAAGGAGAACACUGGCCAGCAGGGGGCGUCGCUUGCAGAGUUUGACGACGGAUUUGCCGAGUUGGCAGAGUCUCGUCUCAACCCAGGCGAGACGCUCUUCGGCACGACCUUGACCUCCGAGGAGCUUCAGAGGUCACCGGGGAGCCGCAUGAGCAGCGCAGCGAGCAGCCGUGAUUCGUCAGCCGACCGACACAGUUGCCGCGGCGACGCGAGCCCUCGCGGCGGCGGCGGCGCCAGGCAGCAGACCAUCGACGACCUGCUGUGUUUGUAGUGGCGCCCCCUGCUUUCACGUUCGUCAGUGCGUGGACCCGACGAGACGCGUCGCCGGAGGGCGCCACCGUCAUGCCGGCGGCGUUUCUAGUGGCGCCGUUUGUUGUCGGUGAUGGUCGAAGCCAGGCAUGUCGUGUGGCGACGCGGCUGGAGAGCCGGUGCCACCGCAGUGGAGCCGUCGUCAUCUUGCCCUCUUCUUCCCUCUUGCCCCCUCCACCCUCCUACUCCCCUCCUCCCUCCACCCUCCUGCCCCGCCCACUGUCCGUACCUCUGAUGUGGAGCAACCACCCGCCUCCAUCCAGCCACGCCUGUACCUGAUAAACCAGGUAGCCUCCAUUCAUUUACACAGGCACACGGUUCAGGCCGAGCAACCCAGCUCCACUCUAAGUCUUGCCUUAAGGUGACUACGUCACGAAUUUUCGAUGGUAAAAUUUGUAAAAUUUUUGUUGCCAUUUUUUUCCAUUAAAAGUAAGAA